AUGGAAGAUAUCAACAGUAUUGAGAGUAACAGCAGUAAUGAGUUUGUGAAGAAAGAGACUGUUGAUAUGGAUGCACAUGGAAAAGCAGUGAUGAAGACCCCUUUCAACGAUAAUGGGACAAUCACUCCUACUUUGGAGAAUAGGACCUUAUAUAACAUGACAGUGGAUUAUUCCUCCACGGAUUUCACUGAAGACACCAGGCUAAAUUCCAACUUCACCUAUGAUGACAAUGAACUUGACAAUUUAAUAGACUUUAUAAGAACAAUGUCCAUCAUAUGGUACAGUGUGACUUUAAUAUUGGGGAUAGUAGGAAACGGAUUGGUCAUCUGGAUUGCCGGCUUCAGGAUGAAGACAGUCAGUGCUGUGUGGUUCGUACACUUGGCUAUUGCUGACUUUGUCACAUGCAUUUCUCUACCGUUACGUAUUUCUGACUGGGCUUUGUAUUGGCAAAUUCCUUAUGAUAAUUACCUAUGUAGGGCUGGUAUAACAAUACUCUUCAUAAACAUGUUGAGCAGUGUCUAUUUCAUGACCGUCAUCAGCAUUGACCGAUGUGUCUCCAUUAUUUUCCCAAUUUGGACCAAAUCACACAGGACACCUAGGUUAGCCACCAUCAUAGCUAUACUGGUUUGGUUGUUGACCCUACUUUCGAGUAUUCCUUAUCUGGUUUUUAACCAUGGGGUUGAUGAUGUCACUGAGUGUUUUCCCAAAUAUGAUUUACCCAUUGAAUCCAAUCUAAUAAUGAAGACAAAUGCCAUGUAUAUCACAAGAAAUGUCUGCAUGUUUUCAUUCCCUUUCGUCAUUAUCCUAAUAUCUUAUGGCUUAAUUUUUAUCAAGAUAAGAAGAAUAAAAAAAUCAAAACGGUUUCAAAGACCAUUCCGUGUUAUCACCUCUGUCAUAGUAUGUUUCUUCAUCUGCUGGUUUCCAUAUAACACCUGGCCAUUAAUAUCUUUUGGUAUAAGUUACUCAAGAACAGAUAUUGUCAUUACAGAAGUUUCCAUCUGCUUGGCUUACUUCAGCAGCUGCAUCAACCCCUUACUCUAUGUCUUCUUUUCCCAUGAUUUCAAGAAACGUUUUGUAAAGUCCAUUCCAGCUAUUUUGGAAACUGCUUUUAAUGAGCGGUCUGAUCUUAACUGCAUGGACACUCCCGCUACUACAUUUAAAGCUGCAAAUUUGGAUUCUUCAUUAUAG